AUGAUUUGUCGACUUUUGACAUUCCAACUUUUCUCUUACUCCCCCCCCAUCGUGUGCUAUCCGUUUGUCUCCAGGUUCCCCUAUUACCGUGAGAAUAAACAGGGCUGGCAGAACUCGAUUCGGCACAAUCUUAGUCUGAACGACUGCUUCGUUAAGGUUCCUCGGGACGACAAGAAGCCCGGCAAAGGGGCCUAUUGGACUCUGCAUCCGGGCGCACACAGCAUGUUUGACAACGGCUCGUUUCUGCGCCGGAAACGCCGCUUCAAGUCGGACCCGCAUACCGCGGCCGGACCGACCACGACUCCGCUCUACUUCGCCUCGGGUCGCACGAGUCCGUCGAGUGCCUCGGUGGCUGCGGGCUCCGGUUCGGCGGCUUUCAAGUCGGCCGACUCGAGUCCCAACUCGUUCGGCCCAAUUUGCUCGGCCGCCUCCGUCGACGCCAACGCGAUGGCGGCUGCGGCCGCGGCGGCCGCAGCUGCUGCAGCCUACGCGGCUGCAGCUGUUCUGGGGGCUGGUCUCCCGACGCCUCGGUGCUCCAACCUUCUCUCGGCCCGGAUGGAGAGGGAGAAACGCACCAGUCCGGAGCCGAGCCGGGCCGAGUUGGCGCCGGGACUCGUGAAACCGGAGCCCGAAAGCCGAGCCGCCCAAGCCGGUGACGGACGUCGACCAGAGACGCCACCAACGCCGACGGCCGAAAGGCGGUCUCUCUUCAGCCGGACCGGCGCCGAUCGCUCGGAGGCCCAAUCGGCGGCCAAAGUGAAACGAGCCCGCACCGCGGAGCCGGUCACCGUCUUGGAGAAUCAAGCUCCGAGUCCGGCUCUGGGGCAAGGAAUGCUGCAACUGCCGCUGCUCCCGCGGCUCGCGGAGGCCGCGUCGCGACUCGACGCCGAGCUCAGUCUGACCUGCGACGACCAGACGGCGAGUUGGGCGCGUGGCCUCUUCACUCCCCUCGAGCCCAGAGAGCCUUCGGGGAUGGUCAACGGCUACCACCCACUGGCCAGCCUCCAUCGGCAGGUGCAAGCCGCGGACGCCAUCGGAGGCAUGAUUGGUCUUCGUGCCACGCCUGACCUCGACACGAAACAUGUGAGCCUUUAA